AUGUUCGCUCGCGAUCUAGCUCCCACAGCUAGACGUUCCCUUAAGUUUGGAAUACACGCCCCACUUGCACAGCAAGAAACCUUUCAUAAUAUCAGCUCGAUAAAAUCUUUGAUUCCCUUCCAAAAUAAAUGGGCAAUAAAAGGUCGUGUAAUAAACAAGAGGAAAUUGCAUCAAUAUAAUACACCAAAAUCCUCUAGGCAAGUGUUUAACUUUGACAUGAUAGAUGCUGAAGGUACUGAAAUUAGAAUAACAUGUUUUGGUGAUAUAGCUAAGAUGCAUUAUCAUAGGGUUGAACCGGGAGCAUAUUAUUAUCUAUCAAAAGGUUCCAUUAAGGAAGCCAACACAAAAUGGAAUAAAGUUAACAUUCAUCUUGAGAUUACUUUGGACCACAAUUCAAUAUUAAAGCGUUGUGAUCCACCUGUUGAUGGUGAAGGUAAUGCUUCUCGAUUCACACCAAUCAAUGAACUUACAAACUAUAGCAACAACACUUUAGUCGAUGUCAUUGGUGUUGUCGUUGAUGUUAAAGACCUUGCAGUAAUAUCUAGAAAAGAUGGAAGCAGAGUGAAAAAAAGGGUUGUUAAAAUAAAUGAUAUGUCGACUUUUACUGUUGAUGUUAAUUUAUGGGGAGUGGCUUGGGAACAAUUAGGUGAAGAUCUCAAGAAUAUGCAUGUAGCUCAAACAGUUGUCAUCCUUGAGGUCACUAAUGCUCGUGUUGGCUAUUUCAAUGGAAAGAUCAUGCUUCAAGACUAUACAGGCUCUCUUUGGAGUACUGCCUUUGAUGAAGUUGGCACAAAUUUGCUAGGCAUGUCAACCAAAGAUCUUUACAUGUUGCAGUAUGAUUUGGCCGCAAACAGAACUCCUCAAUCUAUUAUCAAGAAUGUCCUCUUAUCCACCUUUGUUUUCACUCUCUUUGUUACAACAGGGAACUACAACUCGCAGACUAGACUGAAAACAACAAUCACCAAAGCAAUGUUUGUUGAUUUUCAAGGUGAAUGUGCUCUUUUGCUUGCAGACAUUGCUCGGAUGAGUGCAGCUGCAGAAUUCCAUACCGAUUAG